GCCUAUUUGGUCAUCUGAGAGAACAUUCAGUAAAACGCAAAAAUGGCUUCCAUGGCUGCGCAACUGCUUGAUGAGUUAAUGGGAAGAAAUCGAAAUGCUCUUCCAACUGACCGCACUAAAGAAUUGUCGUAUAAUGACGCCGAGGUGUGUAGGUAUUACAUGGUACGAUUUUGUCCCCACGACUUGUUUCAUAACACCAAAGCAGAUCUUGGUCCCUGUUCCAAUCUCCAUGAUGAAGUUGUACGCCAAAAGUACCUGAAUGAGGCACCUUCAUACACUAAAACAAAAUUUGAAGAUGAAUUUCUCAAGUAUUGUCGAUCCAUGUUGAAUGAAGUUGAACGUAAAAUCCAAAAGGGAGAACAGAGACUUGCUCAAUCACAGUUGGCAAAGCAAGAAGCUGGUGCUAAUCCCAAAUCCAAAGCUGAAGAACAAAUUGCCAUGCUCACCGACAAGAUAAGUCACCUUGUCAAAGAAGCUGAACGUUUAGGCUUUGAAGGUAACAUUGAACAGGCCCAAGGAUUGUUGAAACUUAGUGACCAGUUCAAAAGUGAGCGGGAAGCUUUGAAGAAGGGAGAAGGCCUCUCAUUUGCAACUGAAUUGAUGUUGGAAAAACAAAUGGAAGUCUGCAAAGUUUGUGGUGCUUUUUUGAUUGUUGGUGAUGCUCCAGCUCGACUUGACGAUCACAUGCAAGGAAAGCAGCACGUUGGCUACCAAAAAUUGCGGUCGGCAGUCGAUGAAAUUACGGAGAGUCGAGAAAAGGCUCGUCAAGAUAGGGAAAUGCAGCGACAGAAAGAAGCCGAAGAUCGUCGCGGCAGACGUCAUGACGACGAUUCACGUCGCCAACCUGGAAAAGACCGCGAAGGUAGUAGCCGUAGGCGCAGCCGUUCCCGCUCUCCAAGGCAUCGAUCAUCAAACCAUCACGGCGAUCGCCGAGAUCGUAGCGAAAAAAGUGAUCGUCAUCGGGGAGAACACGAACGGCACCGAGACAAGGACCGCGGGCAUACCAGAGAUCAUCGAGACAGAAAACGAGACGAUAGACCUCGUGAUCGUGAUCGCUCAGCACACAACGGUUUGAAGGAGAAUGGUGGAGGAAUCAUGUAGUUAUUACGUGUAGGAGAUGGGAGAAGCAGCACGAAGUCAAAAAGUCAUCUAAGAUGAGGUAGCUUCAUCGUUUUUCAGGUAAGUGGUUUCACUUCAUGACGCGAGUUAAUCGUUAUCCACUUGCCCCCCUACAUGGUUUAGCGAAACCGCGUCAGGUAAGUGUCGUUGGGCUGGGGUGCAUCUCAGAUGACAAAGCAAGAAAAAAAAAAUAAAUAAAAAAGAACAACAAUGCACACGGAUUUUCUCCAUUUUGCCUUUAACGGGGCAGAUAAAUGAGGGUGGUCCAAUGGUUCGAGGGAAGGGAAGAAUUCGUGAUUUGCUUUUGUGUUGUUCGACAUCCAGAGAGAAUGAGUGAAACUGUGAGAGGGAUCGUACACAAUCGCACAGACACACAGCUUCGGACUGUCAAAAAGCUGGGAAAAUUGAUUCGAUUGCAGGUGACCUUUUGAUCCAAAUUGUUAUUGAUUAACUGCAAGUCGGCGAGCCUCGAAACAAACAAAAGAAUCAUAAGAAAGCUGGCUUCGUCAUGGUAGGCAGUCGGAAAAUUAAUUCCCAUUUUAUUGUAGGUCCGGACUAAAAAUGUUGAAGCCUUGUUGUCAGACGCUCAUUACGGAUCACAGUGGGCGUCUCAAUUUUUCCCUUCGCCUCAAGUCGCUGCUGCUGUCAAGCAAGGUGACACAUUAUUUGUAUUCCUUUUCUGUUCUUCCUCGAGUUCUUUCUCGCUUCUACAACUGAUCUUUUUCUUCAACAAAGCAUUCAUUUUCUUGUGGAACCUUACAGUUAUUUUUUUUAAUAUUUUUUUUUUUUGGAAUGUUUCUAUUUUCUCUACAAAACAUGUCUUUGAUUGCAUUAUACCACUACACAUUCCUCAGUUGGAAUUAAAACUUGCUUCUGUGUGACAGAUAAUGCAUUAGUAUAAAGUUGCUUAAAUACACGUUAGUCUUCAACCACAA